AUGUCACGGGAUUUUCCAGAUGAAGAAAGGCGAGACAAUGGAGAUGGGCAUAGAGGCAGAGAUGAUACAGAAAAAGGCGAGCAACCACACCAGCAACGUUCUAAAGAAACCGAAGGGCAGGGACCGCGAGGGUUCGAAAAUCAAAGCUUCAAGGUCGCCAAAUCCUCCAAACGCGCUAAGGAUAUGGUAGAACACUGGGUUAACCGAGCACUUGAUGUGGGAGUACAAGGACUUGUCGACGAAUUCCGCUCAAGUUUGUCCAAGUGGCAACCAGAAGGCAUGACAACAGUGGCUUUUCUCGCAAAUCGUGACAAAAACAGAUAUCUCGAUGUUCCAUGUCAAGAUCAGCGUCGGGUUAUUCUCAACUGGCCAGGUCUUCCAAAUGACUAUAUACAUGCUAACUAUGUUGCCAACCCAGCUCGUGAUCAUCGCUUCAUUUGCGCUCAAGGUCCAUUGGAUAACACUCAACUAGCGUUCUGGGCUAUGGUCAUACAAGAAAAAUGUGAAGCUAUAAUAAUGCUCUGCAACACUAUUGAAUGCGGAAAAUUUAAAUGUUCUCAAUAUUGGCCACAUGACAAAGGCGAAGUCUAUUCUGUUGGUGAAGGUGAAGGAAAAAUUACAGUAACCAAUCUUGAUGUUCGACCAAUGUCUGAAGAAGAUAGUUUUGUAAGAGUGUGUCGGUUGAGAUUAGACUUUCAACAAGGUGGACGACCAGCUACGCAUAUGGUCAUGCACUAUCAAUGGGAAAACUGGCCCGAUCGAGGAGUGCCACCCACACGACUUACUGCCACGAAUCUGCUCUCUGAGGUACGCGGCACAACGAAACCAAUUUUGGUGCACUGUUCAGCCGGUAUCGGACGGACUGGAACGAUUGUGGCAAUUGCUUACGUACAGGAAAAAAUGCAACACGGGCAAGACUGUAUGGAUAUGGAUGCGCUCACGAAAGAACUGCGUACUCAACGGCCUUACUCCAUCCAGAAUGAAUUCGUCAGUUUCAUUGGAAAUUAG